GGAAGUUGCCCCAGAGUUACCUGUCCUUCAAAAUCACUUCACCCACUGCUAAUAUUUCGUCAAGUUCAAAGACGUAAUGGAAUCUUUAAUUCCAGUAAUAAAUAAAUUGCAAGAUGUGUUCAACACGGUCGGCUCUGAGUCCAUCCAGCUGCCACAAAUUGUGGUCAUAGGAAAUCAGAGUUCUGGCAAAAGUUCAGUUCUGGAAACCCUUGUCGGCCAUGACUUUCUUCCCAGAGGGACAGGCAUCGUAACUCGUCGACCCUUAGUGCUUCAGCUUCUUCAUGUGACUAAAGAUAGUGCUGUCAGACGACAGGAAAAUGGGGUCCUUCACCAUAAAAAUGUUGGUGCUCAAGAAUGGGCCAAAUUCCUUCACACGAAAAACAAGAUCUACACAGACUUCAGUGAAGUUUGUCAAGAAAUACAGAAUGAAACUGACAGAAUGUCUGGCACAAAUAAGGGUAUAUGCUCUGAGCCGAUCGUCCUUAAGAUCUACUCUAAUAAAGUGGUGAACUUGACCUUGGUAGACCUGCCUGGCUUGACAAAAGUGCCUGUGGGUGACCAGCCACCAGAUAUUGAGAUGCAGAUCAAAGACUUGUGUGUGCAUUACAUUUCCAACCCCAACUCAGUGUUGCUAGCUGUGACAGCAGCCAAUACAGAUUUCGCCACCUCAGAGGCUGUGAAAAUCUCACGGGAGUAUGAUCCAGAUGGUCGUCGAACUCUGGCUGUGAUCACCAAGUUGGACUUGAUGGAUGCUGGCACUGAUGCCAUGGACGUGCUUUGUGGCAGAAUCAUCCCUGUCAAGCUGGGCAUUAUCGGGGUCGUCAACCGCAGUCAGGCCGACAUAAACAGCAAAAAGGACCUCCAAGAAGCACUGAAAGAUGAAGCAUCAUUUCUCCAGAAGAAGUAUCCAUCGAUUGCCAGCCGAAAUGGAACCCCUUACCUUGCUAAAACACUGAACAGGCUCCUUAUGCACCACAUCAGAGACUGUUUGCCAGAACUGAAGACAAGGGUGAAUGUACUCAUUGCUCAGUUUCAGUCACUUCUCAACUCAUUCGGAGAACCCAUCAGUGAUAAGAGUCAACUUCUUCUUCAGAUCAUCACAAGAUUUGCUUCUGCUUAUUGCAACACAAUUGAAGGGACAGCGAGGAAUAUAGAAACAUCAGAACUAUGUGGAGGUGCCAGAAUUUGUUACAUUUUCCAUGAGACUUUUGGGCGCACACUUGAGUCUGUAGAUCCACUUGGAGGUUUGAACACCAGGGAUAUCCUCACAGCGAUACGUAAUGCCACGGGUCCAAGGCCGGCCCUGUUUGUCCCAGAAAUUUCCUUUGAAUUGCUGGUGAAAAGACAGAUUCGCCGCUUAGAAGAGCCAAGUCUGCGCUGUGUGGAGCUCGUACAUGAGGAAAUGCAGAGGAUGAUUCAGCACUGUGGCACACAGCAAGAGAUGUUGCGAUUUCCAAAGUUGCACGAGCGCAUUGUUGAUGUGGUGACAAACCUCCUCAGACAAAGACUUCCUCCAACUAAUUCUAUGGUUGAGAAUCUAGUACAAGUAGAGCUGGCUUACAUCAACACAAAGCACCCAGACUUUUGUGAGGCCCACCUGGUGCACCGUGCCAUGACCUCUGGCACUGAACUCUUACCAGACCUUCACAAGUCGCAGUCACAGAGGAGUGUAGACAGGAACAUGGAGGAGAGAGAGAACAAGGUAGCUGCACAACAGGCGGCCCAUGCUCCUGGGACGGACAAUAUCAACGGUAGCUCGUGGAAGAUCAGUAAUUUGAUUCGCUCGGGCCGUCUGGAUCAGGGAAGUGGGGGAAGUGACCGGGCAUCAGAACCCUCUUCCUCACUGCCCAGCAGUGGUACCAACAGUGCAGCUCCCUCACCUGCUCGCACCAAAAAAGGCAUCAAUCUCUUGCCCGAAGUGCCUGAGCAGCCAGUGAUGAAGCUGUCGUCACGGGAACAGAGAGACUGUGAGGUCAUAGAGCGCUUGAUCAAGUCCUACUUUAUGAUUGUGAGGAAGAAUAUCCAGGAUAGCACGCCCAAGGCCAUCAUGCAUUUCCUUGUGAAUCAUGUCAAGGACCACUUGCAGAGUGAGCUGGUGAGUCAGCUGUACAGGAAGGAGGAGAUCGAGACACUGCUGGAGGAAUCUGUGCAUAUUGCUGCACGCAGGAAAGAGGCUUCGGAAAUGCUGCAGGCCUUGCAGCGAGCUAGCCAGAUUAUCGGGGAGAUCAGAGAGAUUCAUUUAUGGUGAUGGUCAUCUUAGCUACAGGCCUGGGGAUGUGCUUUGUGGUCAGAUGAAGCAGACGGAAUGAUGGAACUGCCUCGUCUUGAGUCUUCAAGCCAAAAGGAUGUGCAGACAGAUGAUGCAACUAAAAGAAACCUGCAGUGGGAACAGCUUAUGAGCUAGAGCCAGCAGUAGUAGUUUUCACGUUGGUGAUGACCAACACCUAAAAUUUGUUUUCUUUGGUUUUCUUUUCUUUUUUUUCUUCUCCAUAAUGCAGCCUAGUGAGUUGGGGAAGUCUCUCUAGAUUCAGGUAGCAGCCCAAAGGUAGGUACUUCUUUAGUAUGAGAGUGGAGAUAGUGCUCAUUUUUCAGAAACUCAGAAUGAUAUCACCUUUCUGUCAUGACUCCAUUUGAUUUCCUUGUCUUCCUUACUUUAGGUAUGUCGUAUUCUUGUUUGAAAGCCACAUCAGGUUUAACUUUUUUCUAUGCACCCGGAAUUUAUGUGAAACGCUUUGUACAUUAUGCCUGGCACUAUACGAACAGUUAAUGAUGCCAUUGCACUGCUCGACUCAGAAUUGUAGUAAUGCUGCUAGUUCUAAAUAGUUUUUCAGUUAAGCUAUGUGUCAUCACAUUCUCUAUGUCAGGAAUUCUACCUGUAAUACUAUCAGAAAGUGCUGGAUGCAGACCUACCAACCUUCCUGGUUUUAACGAGAAAGUCCUGAAUUCAGACUGCAUUUCCUGGGUUCCUGAUUACGAUAUCAUUUUCCCAAUUAAUUCAACCACAGAGAGAAAUUUCUACUCUUUGCUAAAGUUGCAAUUUCUGCUAUGAAUGAAUGAAAACAAGAGAAGUGUUUCACAGAUGUAGUGCUACUUUGACGAUAUCAGUGUUUUUUUAAGUGCAGAGUCUGCCUCAUUGUCCCUCUUGUUCCUAUUGUAAUGUGCUCGCAAACAAAUUGCCUUCUUGGCCAUAAGUAGCCAAACAUACUCAUAGAUUUAACCUCUUUAACCGUUUGGCGGGAUUUUGGGAACAAGUUACAGAUUGAGAUGUUUGACUUGCAUGAAUCAUGGAUUAGUUUUAAAAAAGUAAGGUAGAAUUUGACUGGAUGUAUUUUGUACAGUAAAAGAAACUUGUAGUUCACGAAGGAAGAAAGGAAUUUGGAUGAAGUCAUGCAAAAAUACUUUCUUGUUGUUUCUGCACUGCAAAUGGAACACGAAGCACUUUCUGCCUCAUAUUUCUUGUAGCUGUAUUAGGAUUUUUUUCUGUAGAAGGCACCUGCUUUGACAACUGUUACUCUAAUUUGUAUGUACAUUGCUUUGCCAAUUAAAGACCUCAUCAGGAUUACUAGAGUUGUUUUUCAUUGAGUAUUUUGCGGCUUGCAUUUUUAUGGUUAGUUGUCACUUUGUUGGCAGGAGACAGUUUCUCCCAUGGUUUUUGUCAAUUGACAUUGUCUGAGGCAGAAGUUUUGAUGUUCCUUUAAGUUAUUAUGCAAUGUCUUGCUGCAGUUCUGUUCUGUAAGAUUUUGAUUGUCCUUCAAAGCAUUCAAAUUCCUGUGUGGCUACUUUUUUGUUGAAAACUGAAUGCUUUGCAAGAUAUUCCUUAUUGGACUUCUAAAACAACAGUGGAGUGUAUCAUGACCUGACAGUGACAAGAUUCUUUGUUUUUCAGUAUUUUGGUUUGUUUGGUGGAGUUUCAUUACCGACUGUUGCUUUUUUUUGGUUGGCUGGGGCUCCAUCAAUUUCAGUGAUUUCACAGUUACAGGGAAUCUGGGAUGACUUGACCGUAGCUUUAUAAUGAGCUUUGAUGUUUCAGUUUUGAUUUAGCAAGAUGAAGUUAUGGGGCAUUUGAGCUCAUAUGUAAGUUUAUUAUUUUAAACUUAUUCUUCUGUAAGUUCUGUUGAGUGUGGAGAGCAUCUAAUUUAUGGCCAGUUGAUUUGCUGUGAAAUAGUGCUUGGUUUGUUGAACGAAUCUGUGGUCAGCAGUCUCAUUAUUUGGUUUCACAAAACUUGAGUAUGAAGAGAACUGGAGUGCAGAAAUACUCCAGUUUAAGACAGAGACAGGAGUGAUUGUGUAAGGCCGAUAAUGUAAGAAACAUUGCUUUAGCUGUGAAACUUUGAAUCUUAGUCUGGAAGAAAAAAAUGGAACACUGUCAUAGCCAUUCAGAGAUUAAACCUCAGCCCAGUCCUUCCUUCCAAAACGGCAACUGAAAGCGUAGAAGGCAGGCAUGCAAGAGAAUGGGGAAGUAUUUGGUUGUUGAAAACUUUGUCAGCUAGCUGUUUUUAUGGGUUUUUUUGUAGAGUUUGUAACUGAUUAAGGUGUACCUUUUCUCUUUGCUCUUUCUUUGUAAAUUUAAGCAGUUUGGGAUUCUUUCUGUUGUCUAUGGUGUUUUGGUGGUCAUAGAAACCACUGUCCCCUCAGUUGGUUCGCUCUUUGUUUUACCCUAUUUGUCAACAGCUUGAAGGAGGGGGGGGUGCUGGUGUUUGGGGGUAGGACAGGGGAAGCUCUUAGACUAUUGACGAUCUUCUUAUACUCUAAUGAUGUUGCAUGUGAUAUUCCUAGGUCAAACAAUAUUUUGUAACUUUUCUGUCAAUGUCCAUAUACAUGUUCACUGUUACUUGUCUUUUGUAAGCUAUAAGAUGAAUUGUAUCAUCAUGUAUUGUACAUAGUUUUACAUCCUACUUCAAGUUGCAGUAAAUAAAAGAAUUCACACCAGAUGAAAAGAAUAUUAAAGACUCUGUUUUUUCCUGGGUACUGAACUUCUUGUUCUGAAAAGAUUUUGCCAAUGCUAAUCAUUUAGAUUCCACUUGUAAAAGCAAGGUCACCUGGCAUGGGCAGCCUGAUUGCAAUGAUUUAGUUGUUUGGUAUGAGAUGUGCAUGGCUGGAAUAUUGGCAAAAAAAGAGAAAUUUGGUCGCAUUUAGUGAAAUUUAGAAGUUGGAACUGAAAUGAGAAUUGAAAAAAAAA